GUAAUGUCUAAUGAAUCGUGCGAGCACUGGCAGAGUUUAUUCAGUCGCAUCAAUCACUAUUUUCGUGAUGACAUCGUACUGAAUGGGACGGAACAUGCAUCAAAAGAACUUGGAUAUGCGAUAACAGCUGCUUAUCUGGUCGUAAUAAUAUUUGGAGCUUCUAUUGCCCUCGAUAGGUACGUACUGGUGAUAUUCCCGACAAAGCGUGAGCGACAGCAGAAUCUCUCAUUAAUGUUUUUCGUAUUUAUCUGGGUUGUUUCGUUGAUAUUGGCUGUUCCGCUACUAAUCGUUUCGGACUUGAACACCAUUUACGAGGAUCCAACAUGUGGAAUAUCACUACGAUUAUGUCAUGAGCAGAACGAUAUUUGGCAAUCUGCGUACACACUGUCUGUCUUAGCGACUCAAUAUGCAUUUCCACUAUUCUCGUUGGUUUUCGCCUAUACGCGAAUAGCCCAUCGCAUGAAACUGCGAUUUGCAAAUCGCAAUAUAGCCUGUCCAAAUUCAGUGAGUCAAAAUCAACGGAGAAGAUCCGUGGUCGAACGCCAGCGACGAACUCAUUUAUUGCUCAUGUGCGUCGUUGCAGUAUUUGCUAUAGCCUGGCUCCCAUUGAACGUCUUCCAUAUGGUGAACACAUUCGAGUGGGUUUCGCUAUUUUCGGUCUCUACGUUUGCUGUUUGCCAUGUGGCCGCAAUGUGCUCUGCAUGCCUCAAUCCCCUUAUCUACGCUUUCUUCAAUCAAAACUUCCGGACAGAAUUCAUUGCACUUUUCGAAAGACUUGGACUACGGAAGCUGCGCGGUGUCGUAUUCACAUGGGACGAGGAUCGGGCGAGGAAAAAGGGUAUGGAACGAGAAAAUAAAACAACAAUGACUAGGUGCAACAAUGGAGCUACUCCAAGUUUGCUGACAACACAAUUCCGACAUCUUGAGGAGAGUAUCGCAUUAAAUCCAGAUACUGAUGAACAGCUCUGA